UGUGCGUGUAGCGACCCUGGAUGGUGGCCUGCGAGGGCCAUUUUUGGUUUUGACGUCGUGCUUUUAGCUUAGAGCUACAUUUACAAGGCUGUGGUUUCGAAAAUGCGUAAGACGUGCGCCUGACAAGAGCAAAGCUGCAGGAAAAUGGACAGUGAGGUGCAGCGGGACGGAAGGAUCUUGGAUUUGAUUGAUGACGCUUGGCGGGAAGACAAGCUGCCAUAUGAGGACGUCGCGAUUCCACUGAGUGAGCUUCCGGAGCCUGAGCAGGACAACGGGGGCACCACAGAGUCUGUGAAAGAACAGGAGAUGAAGUGGACGGACCUGGCCCUACAGUGCCUCCACGAGAACGUCCCACCCGCUGGAAACUGAUGCUGGCUUUCUUUCCCAUGGAUAGAGUUCUCAAACC